AUGGACUUUCAAAAUCGAGUUGGCGCCAAAACCGGCGGUGGAGGUGUGGCCUCUUGGUCCGAGUCAAAUCGAGACCGACGUGAGCGAUUGCGACAACUGGCCUUGGAGACAAUCGACCUAGCAAAGGAUCCCUAUUUCAUGAAAAAUCAUCUCGGCUCAUAUGAAUGCAAACUCUGUCUGACACUUCACAACAACGAGGGCUCUUACCUGGCCCAUACACAAGGAAAGAAGCACCAGUCCAAUUUAGCUCGUCGAGCCGCAAAAGAUGCCAAAGACGCACCUCAACCACAGCUGAACAAGUCGCGCAUUGAUAUUCGCAAGUUUGUCAAGAUUGGAAGACCCGGCUACCGCGUGACCAAGCAGUUUGAUCAAGAUUUGCAACAGCAAUCAUUGCUAUUCCAGAUCGACUAUCCUGAAAUUGGAGACAACAUUACACCACGGCACCGAUUCAUGUCAGCGUAUGAGCAGAAAAUUGAGCCUCCUGACCGUCAUUGGCAGUACCUUUUAUUUGCUGCAGAACCAUAUGAAACGAUUGGUUUUAAAGUUCCAUCGCGAGAAGUCGACAAGUCUGAGAGCAAAUUUUGGACAUUGUGGAACAAAGAGUCGAAGCAGUUUUUCCUGCAAUUUGCCUUUAAGGUUGAAUCAAAGGGAAGCACGCUCAUUCACCAGCAAAACUUGAUGCCUCUUAAAAACUCAUCCAACGGCGAUAUGCAAAUUAAAUCAGAUGGAAACACCACACAAGCUGUAAUUACAAGCCAAGACUGA